AUGACAAAUGAUAUACUUCCGGUAAAAACGGAAUAUUUGAAUACACGACGGAUUCGAAUACAAAUGAAUGAUAACAAUAUCAAUGCGUUUGUAUAUAUUUUUGAAUAUUCAACAGUUACUACUGAACCUGAUAAAUGGAUUUUUGCUGGCGCUAGCUCACUACCAGAUGUUAAUUUUACAAUCGAUGAUGCCUGUCGUGAUUAUCAAUUUCGAGUAAUUGUAAUUUUGAAGAAUGAGAAGCAUGAUCGUUGGUUGAUUGUUUAUCGACCUCGAAUAAUACCGGUUGAUUUGCCAACAUUUGCUAUAACACCUGAUAAGAUUCAGACUGAAUUACCGAUUUAUAAUGCGAAUGAUGAUGCAGUAGUUGUGUACAUCUCGUGGGAAAAUCCAAUCGGUUAUACGGAUGCGGAUAUAUAUGGUUAUGAAAGUCCAGCAGUUUAUCCGGUUCAAUGCAAUUCACCAGAAGGUGAAUUAUCAGCACCAUCUAUUGAAUUAAAAAAAGGUGGUGCUCGUUUACGAAUAUCAUUACCAUCUGAAGUACUAGACAGUAAAUGUAGAGUUUGGGCAGAGGUACAAAUGUUACCGCGAUGUAUUCGAUUGGAACCGUUCAGUGUUCAACAAUCAUUUGAGCUUGAUUGUGACAAAUUGACAACUCUUGAAAUAUGUACUAGACGUGAAAUUGCUCCACAGUGUACAGAUGUUAUUGAUGUUUGGGGUUACGGAAAUAAUGCAACGAUUAUGUGGUCACCACAACAUGGCUUUGGUGCACCACUUUAUUAUCAUAUUCGUUACGGUCCAUCAAAAAUGAAGGGUACACCACCAUUAGCAACUUGGACAAUUGCAUCAUUACAUGAACUGAAAAUAACUGGUAAUAAUACAAAGUUACAACUUCAAGUUAAUCCUGAUACCAAUUAUGGAAUACAAAUUUGUGGUGUUUAUAAUGAACAUCGGAAGGAACCGAAAUUUGAAUUGAUACGCGUCAUACCGUUCAUAUGCACUUCUUGUGCAAAAACUCCGAUCAUGCAAUCAUGCGGUGAAUGCACGAAAAUCGAAGAUUCAUUACUAUUUAGACGUCGCUGUCAUCCAAAAGGUGGAAUUGGUUGUACCUCGGCUGAUACCAUCUUCAAUUCUUCUGAUAUCAAAGAUGAAGGAUUACUAAAUCCAUUAACGGUACUACCAUCAGAUGUUUUCAUUGAUUCACCACCAUCUGAUAACGCAAAAAUCAAUCCGAUCAGUGAACAACACAUUCCGCUUGUUCGUAAAAAUUUCAAUACAUCAAUUCAACAACCAUCAAUCGAAUCAACAUCCAAAUUAGAAACAUUUUUGGCAGACGAUAAUGUCGAGCUGACAUUAUCUGAACCGCAGAUGACAGAGCAACAAACAAAACAAUCUUCUUCAAAUCUAGAUAGAACGAAACAAACGACAACUUCAAAUAACAUUAUGUUACAUAAAGUUGAAAUUACUCCUACAAUGUCAAGUUUAAGUAAAAUCGAACUAUCAACAUUUGCUGAACAUUCUCAAAUUACAACAGCAACAAAUAAGGAAAAGUUGCAAUCUGAGCGAAAUUCAUGCACUCUUUCCAAUGGUAUCAUUUGUGAAUUUGAUUGCAUCGAUCAGAGGAAAUGCAAUUGUCCUAAUGGUACUUAUAUCCUAAUGGAUAACGGAUCAUGCCUAUUACAAUCCGAUCAUAGGCCACUUUUCGUAUGUUUCUCAACCACAGAUGUGAAAGCUACAUGGAAUCCAUGGAUGCAUGCAUUACAAAUUCAAAGUAAAAAGAUUUAUAAUGAAAUUAAAAUGCACACCAAUUAUGAUCGAAUAUUUCUGGAAUUUGGACAUAUAAAAUACAUCAGGAAAGAACAAAUUUCACUUAAUGGGAUUAUUUUUGAUGAGCAAAAUGGAAUGAGUAAUAAAAUAGUUAUUCGAACCAAUAAAAUUUUACAAAAUGGAUUAUUUCUAACAAUUCCCUAUUCAUUCUAUAUAAAUCAAACCAUUGAUCCAUUAACAUAUCAAUAUGGUUUACGCAUUUGUGCAUUUAAUAAUUCUGAAAUAAAAAAUCCGUUUGCUGCAAAUUGGACCCAAAAUACGGAACAUUCGAUAUUUCAUUUAAGUGCAGUUCAAUUUGAACGUGGUUAUGUGGGAAAUAUUGAACAUAUUGCUUCGAAUGAGCAAAAACAAAUUACCAGAAUGGCAUUUGUUAUUGUACCAAUAAUUCUGAUCGUCUUAUUGAUUUUUCUUUUGGUAUUUAUCAUUUAUGCGAAUUGCGCUCGACUGAAACAUUGUUAUGAUCGUCGAAAAACUCGACAUUUUCGUCCAUUUGUUUGGAAUGGUAAUAUACCACCGAUGACUAAUGGUACGGUACAUGAGAAGCAUUCAUCAGUGAUAACAAAAUCAACAUUCUGA